AUUGAACAGUCUCAUCAGCAGCGAUAAGACUGAUUUUCAAAAUUGACCAGGAAGAAAACAUUUCAUGAAAAACUCAUGAUAGACACCAUGGAAGAACAUCCUUCUCAACGUGAGACUGCAUCGAGACACUCUGAUGGCUCAAGCUCAGGAUCUGCCAUAAGCUCACCUCAGGAGAGUAGGCACCUGUCUCAUUUACAGGAAUACAUCCUAAAUCUUACUGAGGAGGAGUGGAGGGCUUUCAGCAGCAUGCUGCAAUCUCCUAUGACAAGGUCACAGUUUACAGAACUGUGCAUGACCGUUUUGAAAGUAGUGAGCCUUAGCUCCAUCACAGUAAUUCUGCCGGCGUAUGUCUGUGUGGCAAAGGAUGCAGCCUCAACGCCCACUACCCUCUCAGACGCCACCUCAACUGAAAGGUCUCCUUCAUCAGUGCUGUGCCGUAGCUCACUGGCCACAUCUCCUGAGUUACUGGUGACUGAUGCGGACUUCACAGAUGAGAGUGCUGCGAGUGAAAGCACCUCGUCUUUUUCACCUGAAAUCACAGGUGGUCCUGUGAGUGAACUGGUGCGCAGAAUGAAAGGGGCCCUGGCAACGUUGCGUAAAUCGGUUGCAUGGUACCCAGUGAUCUCUGAGGUCUCAGAUAUUGAUACAGAUGUUACAAGCUCUGUGAGUGAGUCAUCUGGCCACACAGAGGCCCAUGAUUUGAUCUGCAUCACUGCUAUCCUGGAAAGACUGGUAGCCAGUGGAAACAUUCACAAGGUCGCCAGCAACCUUGUCAGUUAA